GCCCAGGCAGCCACUCUCCAGCACAGACCCAGCUAAGCCUUUUUCCUCCAGCCUCGAGCCGGAACCAACGUUAGCAUGAGCAGCAGGCAGAGCACAUCCUACUCCUCUAAGAGCCGGAGUGGGGGUGGUGGCGGCGGAGGGGGCCGUGGGCUCUCUUCGUCCUCCUCCUCUGUCCGGUUUGGGUCCGGCGGUGGGGGCCGGUUCUGCUCGUCCGGCAGCAGCUAUGGCGGCGGGAGCUUUGGCGGCGGGAGUUUUGGCGGUGGGGCCUGCGGCCUGGGUGGGGGCAGCUAUGGGAGUAGCUUUGGUGGGGGCAGCAUGUAUGGGGGGAGCGGCAGUUGCGGCGGCUUCGGCGGUGGCUACAGCGGUGGCUAUGGAGGCGGCUUCGGUGGCGGAGCCGGUGGGGGCUUCGGUGGAGGCUUCGGAGGAGGCUUCGGAGGAGGCUUAGGAGGAGGCUCCGGUGGAGGUUUUGGAGGUGGCUUUGGCGGUGGCUUUGGGGGUGAGGAUGGCGGGCUCCUGUCCGGCAACGAGAAGGUGACCAUGCAGAACCUGAACGACCGGCUGGCCUCCUACCUGGAAAAGGUGCGCGCCCUGGAGGAGGCCAACGCCGACCUGGAACAGAAGAUCCAUGACUGGUACCAGAAGCAGAGCCCCAGCAGCCCCACACGUGAUUACUCUCACUACUACAAGACCAUAGAGGACCUGCGGAGCCAGAUUAUCACCACAACUGUGGAGAACAACAAGAUCGUCCUGGCCAUUGACAACACUCGCAUGACGGUCGAUGACUUCAGAAUGAAGUAUGAAAUGGAGCUGAACCUGCGCCAGAGCGUGGAGGCCGAUGUCAAUGGGCUGCGCCAUGUCCUGGAAGAGCUGACCCUGUCUCGGUCUGACCUGGAGAUGCAGCUGCAGUCGCUGCAGGAGGAACUGGAGGCCCUCAAGAAGAACCACGAGGAGGAGAUGAAACAGAUGACAGGGCAGCGGAGUGGCGAGGUCAGUGUGGAGAUGAAUGCUGCUCCCAGCAUUGACCUCACCAAGGCACUGAAUGACAUGCGCCAGGAGUACGAGAUGCUGAACGCCAAGAACCUCAAGGAGAUCGAGGACCAGUAUGAGGCCCAGAUGAACAAGAUGCACCAGCAAGUCACCUCCCACAGCCAAGAGAUCCAGACGACCAGCAGCCAAGUGACCGAGCUCCGCCGGACCCUUCAGGGGCUAGAGAUCGAGCUCCAGUCCCAACUCAGCACUAAAGCUGCUCUGGAGCAGAGCCUGGAGGAAACCAAGGGUCGCUACUGCGUGCAGCUGGCCCACAUUCAGGAACAGAUCGGCGCCUUAGAGGCCCAACUGAGCGAGAUCCGUGGCGAGACCGAAUGCCAGAGCCAGGAGUACAAUGUGCUGCUGGAUAUCAAGGCCCGGUUGGAGCAGGAGAUCGCCACUUACCGCAGCCUGCUGGAGGGCGGCCAGCAGGACAUGUUAGUGCCUGGGAAUGGGGCAGGGAGCCUGGCGGGACCACCCUGA